AUGACAGUAGGUCCUCCUCGUCUGCCUCUUCUAGGAAACAUAACACAUAUCCCCAAAACCCGCGCCCACCUCCUGUUCACCAAAUGGGCCCAACAAUACGGCGGAAUCUUCAGUUUGCGAAUCGGUCCUGCCCCUGCAGUGGUCGUUACCGACCGUUCUAUUGUGAGAGAACUCUUUGAUAAGAGGAGCGGUAUUUCCAGCUCCAGACCCCCAUCAUAUGUAUCUCAGGUCCUGAUCACUGGCGGUGACCACCUCCUCAUGAUGAACCAUAACCGGGCCUGGCAACAGCGUCGAAAGAUGAUACACCAACAGUUCAUGGAGUCAGUGUGCGAGAAGCAGCACAUAGAGCUUUUGGAAGCAGAGCAUACCCAGAUGAUGAGGGACUUCUUAUUGCAUCCCGAACAACACAUGGUGCACACAAAGCGCACUACGAACAGCAUCAUCAUGAGUUUGAUGUUCGGAAUCCGUACAAAGUCAUGGGACUCAUCCCAUAUGGUUGAUCUAUACAAUUUGAUGGAGCGAUGGACUGAGGUAAUGGAGAUUGGGGCUACGCCUCCGGUGGACAUUUUGCCCAUCCUGAAAUAUUUACCACAGCGUGUCUUCGGAAAUUGGAAAUUUCGAGCGAGCGAAGUCGGUCGAUUGAUGGAGACGCUAUACAAAGACCUACGGCAACGAGUUGUUGCAAGACGACAAAGCGCGAAUGAAAAGAACACGAAUCCUUGUUUUAUUGAUCAUAUUCUUGACAAGCAAGAGACUUUGGGGCUUGAUGACCAUCAAGUUGACUUUUUAGGUGGGGUCAUGAUCGAAGGUGGAUCCGAUACAGGGUCGACUGCCUUGCUUGUCUUGAUUCAGGCGAUGAUCCUUCAUCCGGAAAUCCAAUCCAAAGCCCAACAACAGCUCGACGCAGUCUGCGGUGAUAGCCGAUCACCUACUUGGGCAGACUUUUCCCAACUGCCGUACAUCAUGAUGAUCGUCAAAGAAGCUAUGCGCUGGCGACCUGUCGCGCCUCUUGGAAUCCCACAUUUCACCACCGAAGAUACUUGGAUCAACGGAUACUUUCUUCCCCAAAACACAAUCACAUUCCUCAAUGUGUGGGGCCUUCAUCACGAUGAAUCACCAGACUCCGCUUCGUUUAACCCAGACCGCUAUGAAGGCCGCACGAAAUUAUCCGCAGAAUACGCUGCCUCCUCAGACUAUACCAAUCGCGACCAUUACAGCUAUGGAGUCGGUCGAAGGAUAUGUCCCGGUAUUCAUUUAUCCGAGCGCAGCUUGUUUCUUGGUGCUGCAAAACUACUUUGGGCGUUCCGUUUUGAGCAGCAAGUGGAUUCGAUGGGUAACCCCAUGGAGAUUGAUACGGAUCCGGUCACAGGGUAUACAGAGGGCUUCCUCGUUUGUCCAAAGCCAUUUGGAUGCAAGGUCAUUCCGAGAUCAGAGCGACAUGAGGAGACUAUUCUGAAAGAGUUCACGAAGGCGGAGGCUGAUGUCUUCACCCAAUAUUCAACCAAUAUGUACCUACGACUCAAUCAAUCAGGACUCAUCAAUCGCUAUGAACUGAGUCUUCGAGACGGUUGCCAUUCACCCCUCAGCACAUUCUCUUAUUUGCACCUUCCUUCCAUUUGCUCUUUCCAAUUGAAGUCCACAGAGCUACCCGUGGACUUAUAUUCCUGUUGUAUCAAAUUGAAGAAUAACAUUGAAUCAAAUUGA